AUGGACGGCCACGAUUCUUCAGAUAAAGACGACGCCGUCGUGGAUGUGGAGGCCCCAAUCGCGGAAGAUCUCGAGGUUUCCUUGCAGGCUUUGGGAUAUGGAUCGUCUACGCGAUCGCUCCAGAUUCCGGCGACGGCAGGCCGCGCUAAUUUGUUGGUAUUGAUUGAUACAGGCAGCAACCAUACCUUUCUGAGCAGGGAGAAGGCGUCCGAGUUAGGUUGUCGACUUGACUCAGCACCGCCGAUUCGUGUCAAAGUUGCCAACGAAGCUUCCUUGGUUAGUGAUUCGAUCUGUACGGAUUUCCAAUGGCAGAUGCAGGGUAAGCAGUUUGGGUUUGCUGUUCGGGCUUUGGAAUUGGGCUCUCUGAACUUGGUGAUGGGCCUGGAUUGGGUGGAGACAGCAGUAGCGGAUCUAGGGGGCCGCCCCCGGGCCACGGCCCACCCCUCCCUGGAUCCAAAACUCGUAUAG